AUGGCACCUCAACCUCAGAAGUUUGAAUACUUCUUUGAUCUCCCCCCCGAGCUCCGGGGACAAAUUCUCUCUUACAUCUGCGUGUUUCCCACGCCCAUCCUCGUCGGCGGUGGUCCCGGCGGGAGCAAUGGAAGCGGAAAACUACGAAAACUCCGCCGAUUACGCCGACCCCCCCCCACCAACCUCUUCCUCGCCUCUCCCGUCCUGCACCGCGAGGCCGGCCACCUCUACUACAGCCGCAACACCUUCCACAUCUCCUUUCCCCCGCCCCCCUCUUGCAGCCGCAAGCGCACCCGCGGCCUGCCCCACCGCCCCCGCCACCAGCAGCUCCACAUAGACACGAUCCGACGGCUCCUCACGCACCCGGACACCACCCACGCGCGGCGGCGUAUCCGUGCCGCGGUGGUGUCGGUCCGCGGCAUCGGCGCCCAGCUCCAGAACGUCGUCGUGCCCGCCGUCGCUGACAUGGUGCUGCGCGGGGCGCUGCGGCAGCUGUGCGUGAACGUGCUGGGGUCGGCGCCGCCGUCGGGACCGUUGUUGUCGUUCAAGGACGGGCCCGACGGAGAGAUUGCUUAUAGUUUUAGUGGUGGUGUUGGAGGUGAUGGUGUUGGUGGUGAUGGUGUUGUGGGUUGUACGGACCCGGCGCUUCGCGCGCUGUUGGUGCUGUUGGUGGAUCCGGGGUUGCGUCAACGAGAGGGAGGCGGGGGGGCAAGGCUACGGGUGUUGAAGGGAUGGCAUGCGCCGUUUUGGUGUCAAUUUCAUGAGCAAACCUCUCCUUCCUCUUCUUCUACGACUACUACAGUUGGGGGUGGGGGGGUGGAUGGGGAAGGCGGGGGAGCUGUGGGUGCGGUGAGUUGUGCGAUGCUGAAGGGACGGUUUGUGUCUGGUGCUGCGGCGGCUGCUGCUGUGGCGGCUGCUGUUGCGGCUGCUGCUGCUGCUGCCAGUGGACGGGGGGUGGGAGAUGAUGGGUUUCUGGAGGUGGACAUAUGCGGGUUGGUGGACGCAGUCUGCGCUGGCGACGGAGCCGAGUUUAACAUCAAGAAGGUUUGA